AUUUCUUUGGUAAUUAUCAUUAGCAGUUACUUUUCUUUUGUUUACAAUAAUGGAUUCAAGAGUAGUUCAAAAUCAAGAGCAUGAGAACGAUGAACAAAGCCCCCACAUUGUUGCCUCGGAGCAUGAACAAUAUUCUGACCAUGAUAAGAAGUCUGUUCUGAACAAGGUCAAAGCAAAGGCUAAGAAAAUUAAGGACACAAUUAAAAAGCAUGGCCAUCAAGUUCUUGAUCGUGGUCAUGACGAUCAACACACCAUUAAUGAUCAUGAGGAUGAAGAAAUGACUGAAGAUCCAGAGGUUCAUGAAACAUUAAUUCAUGAAAGUGAAGAUGUUAAAACUAUUACACCUACAUCUGGGAAAGUCGAAAAUUUAGGAAAGUCAGGAAAUGAUUUUGGAGGCACAACAGUUAAGGGAGAAGAACCUGGUCACGAUGCACUGCUUGGAGGCGUUUCUUCAACUACUGAAAUUGAUCAAAACACAGACAGUGAGUCAGCCGAAAUAUUUUCUGUGGAAGAGAAAGCAGUACCAAAUGACAAUUUGGAGAGAUCAAUAGGCUUGGAGGAAGAGCAUCGUGCUCCAGAAAGUACACCUGAGACGUAUAAGCCUCCCAGUUAUCACACCAAAGUCCCUGAUCCAAGUGGUGUAGAAAAGGAUGAAAUAGAAAUCACACCAGUUGAGGAAUCUUUUGGGAGAAUGAAUGUGAAGGAUGAGCCAGAGCCUACUCCAGAACCAAAUGUCCAGCCAUCUGUAGUUGUUGAUCCUGAAUUCCCUCCUGCUGGAAGCCAUGAUCAGUUUGUGCCACACCUCUCUGCUGCAACACAAACUCAUGAUCACUUCACUAAGGAUAACAUAUCAUCCACAAACAUCAAUACAAACCCUGCAGAAACUGGACAAACUUUUAACACCAUCACGACCCCGGUUGAAGAACAACCACUGAAUGAAGCAAGCACCGAUGAAGUUGUCUUUCCUAAAGAAGUCAUAGCUUCUGAGGUGGGGUCAGGAGAGAAUGACAACAUAAAGGAGAAGGUGAUAACAAAUGAAGAGCACCAAAAAAGUGGGGAUGCUUCUCCUAACAUGUCUGACUCAACUGCACAAAAUGGAAAGAACAUUGCUCACUCUCUGACAGAGAAAUUAGCUCCAGUUUAUGAGAAGGUUGCAGGGGUAGGAAGUGCAGUGAAGUCCAAGGUGACUGGUGGUGUUGGAAGUGAAACAAAAGAUGGGGUUUCUGUGAAGGACUAUUUGGCUGAGAAGCUAAGGCCUGGUGAAGAAGACAAGGCACUUUCUGAGGUAAUCUCAGAAGCUUUGCAUAAGCGGAAGGAAGAGGCAGUGGCAAAUGAGGAUGAGAAAAUGUGUGAAGAGAAAGAUUGCUGUGUGAACACAAACAGUCAAGGAAAAGGUGUGGUUGACAAGCUUAAGGGUGUUGUUGGCUCUUGGUUUGGCAAAUCUGAGGAAAAAGGAGGUGGAGAUUUAUCCAAGAAUACAAAUUCUGGUGCAGAAGUGGAACAGGUUAACCAAGUUGUGGGUGAAAUCAAGAGUAGUCAAAUUGAAGAUCGCUGAAUUUCUUCCUGGAUAUUGGAUACUACACUUGUGCAGUGCUCGUAAUUAGAUAUAUUUGUAUAUGGUGGAUUCAUGUGAAAGUUAUUAUAUGUUUGUGUAGAUGUGGAAUUUAGAUUAUAAUAUUAAUUAAUAAUUAAUAAUUAAUAAUGUUUA